GGACAAUGUAUUCGUAAAGUUGACAGUCACAAUUUCUAUACAAUUUGUGUUUACUUUGUUCCUUUUGUUUCUACGUGUAUAAAUAUUUUUUUAUGCCCUUUGUUAUAAAUUGGUUAAGAAACUUCCUUAUAUAAAGCUCGAGUUUGGAUAAAAGGUUUAUACACCCAGUGAUAUCAGCAAUUGUAAACUGUAUUUUCAUUCCGGAUAUAUGUGAAAGAUAAUCUUUAACACAAGUUUAAGGGAUUAGCAUAGAAUUAUGUCAAUUAAUUCAAUCUGAUAAGAGAAAAUGGAGAAAGUACAAAUCAGGAAUAAACAAGAUGAUAUACCCAAACAGAGGCCUGUUACUUUCUACUUUGGGAGCACCACUGAUGUCUAUAAUGAGCCUCGCAGUGUAUCGCCAAGCGGUCAGGAUAGGUCAAGCAGCCCAUUGGAAUAUAUAUCAUUGAAUGAAUCAGCGAUGCUUUCAUGUUGGAAGAAUGUACAUGGCUCAACGCAGGAAACUAAUGAUUCAGGAAAUACUGCUCCUAAAGGAUUUCUGCGGUCAUUUUCAUUUACGACCAAUAGUUCACCGAUAGAAAUAUUAAGGUCAUCGUCUUUUGCAAAUAUUCGUCCAGUAAGUGAAUUGUCUUCCUACACAGCAAAUAGUCCAGUUACUGGAAUCCCAAGAUCUGCUUCCUUUAUAGAACAGAGCGAAGGUAUGUCAGAUUAUAGACCAGGUUACAUUAGAUCAAAUUCUUACGUGUCAAAUAGUUGUAAAAGACAGCCUAAAUUAUCUACGUCUGGGAAAAACUGUCGUAAAAAUGCUGUUGGACCAUUACGUCUUUCCUCAAGUGAGAGUCAGAGAAAUUCUUUGGGUAGUUUAGCGGAAGAAGUAGGGACUCACACACAGGAUACAGCUCAGAGAAGGUCAUUUAGUAAUUUUCCAAGGGAGACAACUGUUAACUGUAAAAGAAAAAGUCAUGAACAAUAUACUGCAAAAAGCCAAGCCUCCAGAAAAAAACAUUCUGACACCACAGUUGAUGCGCAGCAGGAGAUACCAGAAAAGGUUCCUGCAUUUCGGCAAUCAUCUUAUCCAGGUCUUCGUGAAAGAACAUUGAUACAGAAUGAAACUAAGAGACAUUCAAUGCCACUGCCAGUGAUAUAUAAGAAGGAAAUGAUGAAUAAACUUAUCUUGUCACAGGACAAGACAUCCGAUCAUGUUGUUGAAGUAACAGAUACGGUACCAGAGCUGUUCCAAAGUAUACGCGGAGCCACACAGCGAGACAUCUUUGAGGAGAUGGAACCACGACAGCCGGAACCAACUAAAGCAUGCUAUGAGGUUAUGUAUGUUGGCAGGGCAAAGGUUAGGGGCAAGAAAAUACUGUCUAGUCACAUAGAUGAUCUCGUUCUCAGACUAGAAGCUAAAGAACAUAGAAACAGUAUUAUAAAUGAUACUAGUGGCGAGUCACAGGACAGAAGAAGACAUAAAAGUGACUCUAGUAUAAAGAGUUUACCAACUCUGUUGGAUGAAAGUUUAGUGAAGGAAAAUGAAUUACAGAAAAUGUCUCAGAAAACUAUAUUUCAAGGUGUUGAACUGCAUAACGAUUCUCCUACAGGAAGUAGUGAUGAAGUACAUACACCACAAGGUGAAGCAAGUGAUCUCCAUAGAAACCAACGUAGCAACAGUUCUGACCAGCUUAGUGAUGGGCACAGUUCUUCUGAAAAUAUCACAGAUGGAAUGCAUAGCUCAAACUCUGGGGACCAACUCAAAGAUAUGUUCCAUGGCUUACAACAUCAUCCUGAAGGUCAUGUUCACUUUCAAGAUCAUGAUACCCAUAACAACCAGACAAGGUCAACAAAUAGGACAAUGUUGUUCAGAAUAGGACAGAGUGAGAUUUCGUUGAUCAGUUUAGAUAAGAAACAAACAAUCAUAGAGAGAAAGUUCAAAAACAUCUCGUCAGUUUCACAGGGGAAUUUAAAGCCAGAUGUAUUUGGGUUUAUAUCUCGAGAACCUGGAAGUCAACUUCUUUGUCAUUUACUAAGGUGCUGCUCACAUGAAUUGACAGAUGAAAUAAUGUCAGCAUUAAGAACGUCAUUCCAGAACGCGUACCAGCAGAGUCGUUUACAGACGCAACAGAUCUGUAUCAAUUGUCCGCUGCAUCAGUACCAUAAACUUUGUCAGGAUAUAAACGGCCAGAAUGCAGAAACUGCAUAUAGUUUGUUGUGUAAAAGAAUCCAACAGCUGCCUGAGAAGGAUGCUGCUGACCUAUACCAUUCUCUACAGAAUGAGAACCCCCAAUGCUAUGAUGAGUCUGUGGAGGUGCUUAUGGUUGCCAUCAGAAAGUUGUGUGAACAGAAACAGAGAGAACAUUCUCAUAUCUCCGACACUAACAAGGGAUCUCAAAAAUCUGAUUUUUACCUUGUGGAAAUGAAGGACAAGUCAAACAAAUCAGCCUUUGACUUUUUACGUAAUCGAGCAAAGAAAACCUUAACCAGUUCCUUCGAAAACUUGCUGACCAAUGUACAUCACAAGACGGAGGAGAUGCGUGAUGUAUUCAGACAUCGAAGCGGUACAAAUGAAAGUGAAGGUGGAAGCUUCUCAAGAUUGGCUGACCUGUAUACUCCAGAUAUGUCACCUACUCCAUCUCCAGCACAAACUAGUAAGGACCAGUCUAAUUUUGAAUUUCCAAGUCCCCCACCGUCCCCCACACAGGGAAGCAGACCACGGAGUGCCACAGUAGGGGCGGUUCCUGAUCUGAACACUGUAGAACGAGUAAUGGCUAGACAAGAGGAGAGACAGAAAGCAGAGAAGAAAGAACGAGAAAUACGCAGGGCAAGUGAGAGCCCUAUGAAACAUAUGUUUAUACUGGCCAACACUGGUUCCCCUGUAAGAAGAAGCUCUGGUGGUACCAAGCACAGUGAUGAUCCCAACCAGUUGCACACCCCUGAUACUCACACCCAUCACAGACGAGGCUCCUGGAGACAGGCAAUAUUUAACAGAGUUGUCACCCCUUCUAAACAUCCAGACACAGAAACGUUGGAAGAGAGCUUAGAAGAAAAUUUUGAUGGAACUAAGACGAAGAAGACACCAGAGGAACUGCGAGCACUGUGGCGAAAAGCGAUACUCGAGACAUUAUUGUUGAUACGAAUGGAGAAAGAGAACAUAGAUCUGCAAGCACGUCAGGAUGAGGCUGAUCUGAAACGCCAGAAGCUGGAUUACCUAGAGAUAACUCCGUGUCUGAAGGAGGUGACGCGCUUGUGGGAGGAGAUGUUAAGUAGUGCGGGACGCUCAAAUAUCAAAGUGGAGUAUGAGAAACUUCUCAGCUGUGUCAGACAAGGUGUUCCACAAGCCAAGCGAGGUGAAGUAUGGCAUUUCCUGGUAGAACAACAUCGCCUUAGAUACCCUAAUAUAGAGGAGAACACACCUCAAGUUGACUACAAUGAACUUCUUAAACAACUCACAAAUCAUCAACAUGCAAUAUUGAUAGACUUAGGAAGAACAUUUCCUGGGCAUCCAUACUUCUCCAUGCAGCUGGGCAGUGGGCAGUUAGCAUUGUUUAAUCUACUCAAGGCAUACAGUCUGAUGGAUUCAGAUGUAGGCUAUUGUCAGGGCCUCAGCUUCGUUGCAGGAAUUCUGUUGAUGCAUAUGGAGGAAACAGUAGCAUUUGAAACAUGGAAACAUGUGAUGUACAAUCUGGGUUUACGUAAACAGUACAGACCAAACAUGAUAGCUUUACAGAUUCAGUUGUACCAGUUGACCCGACUUCUACAUGACAACUACAAGGAUCUGUAUGACCACUUUGAAGAACAUGAAAUAGCACCAACACUGUACGCUGCCCCCUGGUUUCUGACCCUGUUUGCCUCACAGUUCCCACUAGGAUUUGUAGCUAGAGUUUUUGAUCUGAUAUUUAUCCAAGGACCAGAAGUUAUUUUCAAGGUAGCCCUAGUGUUGCUAGGUAAUCACAAAGAGUUGAUAAUUCAGUGUAAUUCGUUUGAGACGAUAGUAGAGUUCAUCAAAACUACACUGCCAGAGAUGGGCAUGAUUCAGAUGGAAAGAGUGAUAAAUCAGGUGUUUGACAUGAAUAUAUCUAAACAGUUACAGUCGUACGAGGUGGAGUAUCAUGUACUGAAGGAGGAGAUGAUGUAUUCUCCACAGAGAGGAGAUUCCGACCUCCUCGAUAAACUGGAACAGGCCAAUCAGAGCCUGAAACAACAAAACAUGGAGUUAAUAGAGAAACUUCAGCAUGCUCACAGUCAUGAGAGAAGUUUAGAGAUUAUGAUUCAUAACUUUCAAAUGCAAGAGGCCAAGUUAAAAUCUCAUAUACGUACACUGGAACUUGAGAGAUCGGCAUUACUUAAUGCAGUUGCUAAAUUAAAACAAUAUGUACCUGAGUCAGAGCAACUGCAUUUAGAUAUCACCUUGCCUGUGUUGACUCCUAGCAUGCCCUGCUCACCAGUGCAUCAUGGGAAAUUAUUUGAGAAUCAAGGGAAGGAAGGGAAAGGAGUGGAGCAUCAUGGGAAAAUUGCAGAGCACGAUGGGACAUCAAAAAAGAAUGAUAAUGUAGAAAAAGUGCAGACGACAAACAGUAUGUCAUUUGAUAAAACAAAGUCUGCCAGAUUUCAUCCUGAAAGAGAUAGUUAGUACAUAGUGUAUCACCUGUGUAUAUAGUGUAUGGUGUUUGUGUUCAUCCACUAGCCAAAGACUGUUCUAGCAUAUUAAUCAUUGCGUCCAUUUGUCUGUUAAUGAUUAUUACUCAAGUCUGUUAAAUACUUGGUUAUGAAGGUUUUAUUUACUACAGGAUUUUUUCUUGUUGGUUGUUGGAUUUACUCUGUCAAGGAAAUGUGUAUCACAGGAGAGCAAAGCUUCAGUCUUUCAAGAACUUGCUGGGAAUCAUAUAGUGUAGUCAGUAUCUGUCACUGAAAGUCCUUAAAGCAAUUUUAUCUUGCCACCAACCCUUAUUUACAUAUUUGCUGAAUUAAAACAUUACUAACAAAACUAUAAAGUUCAUAUUACCUGAUAUGGAAUUAAUAGCUCAAUAUUGUAUAUAUACGGUCAGCAUGUAAUGUCUCUUGACAAAAAGAAAUACCAGCAGCUUGUAGAAUGUGGGAUAGUCUGAAUUACACUGAAGUAUUUAAGCAUGUAUUUCAGUAAACAAAAUUUUUAUUAUAUAGGUUUCUGUUUCUUGUUUUUCAGUCUCUGCAGAAACACUAAAACAAUCAUAUAAUCUAUGAAGAAAAUUACAGAUCAGUUAAAAAACAUAAGCCUAGCAAAAAAUUAAAGCAUUUUUAAUAGACACUCUUUUUAAUAUAUUUCAGGUAUAAAGGGACAGUUAGGGCUUAAUGAUUGAUAGAAGCUGUAAAAUAUAGAGCAGAAUACUCUGUGAUAAUACUGUGAUAGAAAACAAUAAUGUAAGAGAUUUUAUGUAAGAACAAAUUUAUGAUAUGCCAAGUACAUGUUGUUAAAGCAACUACCUCUAAGGCCUAGAGUGGAGCUGAAAGUUUUCUCAACUAUUACCUAAUUCUAUCAAUUUCUUGUUGAUACGAAAAUUAUGAAUGGCAGACUUGCAAAAAGGCAAAUAUGCUGUAAAUAAAGUAUUACAGCUCUUUAAGGUUAUAAAUCAUGAAUAUUGCAUUUGAAAGACGAAAGCAAAAAUUAAACAUAACAUGCCGACAUUGUGUCUGAAAUCAUUAGUCCUCCACCUCUGAUACAUGUGGGGAAGUUGGCAGUUACUUGCGGAGAACAGGUUUGUACUGGUACAGAAUCCAGGAACACUGGUUAGGUUAACUGCCUGCUGUUAAAUGACUGAAAUACUGUUGAAAAACGGCGUUAAACCCAAAUCAAACAAACAAACAUAACAUGUUUUGAAAAGAAAACAGAUUCUACAGAAAUAAAAAGUAUGAAAGUAAAGUAUGAAUAUAGCUAAGAGCUGAAAAUUUCAGCCAGCUAAAUGUUAGUUUACCAUGUAAAGAGGUAUAGAAGGUAUGUAUGAAAGACACGUGGUGACAUUUCAACUUCAUUAUUUCACGCUUUCUGCUUCUUGAUUUCACGAUUUCCACUUCAUGAAUUCACGAUUUCUACUUCAUGAUUUCACGAUUUCCACUAAAUGAAUUCACGAUGUCUACUUCCUGAUUUCUCGAUUUCCACUUCACGAAUUCACGAUUUCUACUUCCUGAUUUCUCGAUUUCCACUUCACGAAUUCACGAUUUCUACUUCCUGAUUUCUCGAUUUCCACUUCACGAUUUCACGAAUUCACAAUUUCAUAUUAAAACUUCACGAUUUCUGCUUCCUGAUUUCACGAUUUCCACUUCAUGAAUUCCCGAUUUCACACUGAAACUUCACGAUUUCAUGAUUUCCACUUCACGAAUUCACGAUUUCAUGAUUUCAUAACAAUACAAUUUUAACUUCUCGCGACUUUAUUAGUCACAUGACUAAUGUAUGACGUAGAAAAUCGCGGGUAGUAUUCGUUACAUGUAAGAUGGCGUGUUAUAUAUUUGCACAACCAGGCUUAGGUACUGAAAGUGGAAACUGGCCGAAAAUGCCUCAACUGAUGAGGAAAUAGACUUACAAACAAUACUUUUAGAAAGCAUUAUUGCAUUAAAUGUGAAAUUGAUCCAGUCCCUUUUUUUCUGUUUUAGAAUCUUUGUUAGAUAUUAAAUGAAAAGUGAGGCAUCUUAUUCGCAUGUAAGCUAUUUCCACCUGCUGUGUAAAUGGUAUGCAAACUGAGAUGAUCAAGAGCAUGGCCUUACCACGAGGCCCAUUUAAAAAAUAAAAAGCGGCUUAGACAUUUUACUACGUUACAGGCGUGGAAAGGAUAUACAUACAAAAUAUAAAUUUAAUCCAUGUAAACAUUCUUUCUUUAAAUAAACAGAAACUACUGUCUAUGGAUGGAAAGACGGAUUCCAAAAUAACGGAAAGACGGACGGACAACUGCAAGGCUUAAUGCCUCGUCGCAGUAAAUGGCGGGGGCAUAAUAAACAAACUCAUUCGGAAUUGUCUAAAAAAGUUUAGCUACUUGGGCAUCUUAUUGUAUUCAUACAUCUAUUAGUGCUGAAAGUAUCCAAUACUGUGUUUGGUAAUCGUGAAUUUGUGAAUGGGAAAUCAUGAAAUUGUGAAGUUUAAUCGUGAAAUCGUGAAGUUUAAUUGUGAAAUCGUGGCGUUUAAUGGUGAAAUCGUGAAUUCGUGAAGUGGAAAUAGUGAAAUCAAGAAAUCGUGAAGUGUUAUGGUGAAAUUGUGAAUUCAUGAAGUUCUUGCGUGAAUUCGGGAAGUGGAAAUAAUGAAAUCCGGAAGUAGAAAUCAUGAAUUCAUGAAGUGGAAAUCGUGAAAUCAUGAAGCAGAAAGCGUGAAAUAAUGAAGUUGAAAUGUCACCACGGGUCUUUAGUAGGUAUGUCUGUUAAUUCAUUCUUGACAUACUGUCUUGGAUGUUAGUUUUAGGAUUAAAUUUUGUACUUCGAUAAAUUAACUGUUUAAAUAUAGUCUCAAAACAGUAAAGAGUGAGUAUAUGUUUAUGACUUGGUCAGAUAUUUUUACUUCAAUAUUAGUUACACAACCAUUCUUGAGUGACUCUUAAAUUGGAUGACAUUUAAGUAUAAUACCUUAAGUUUAAAAUUUAGUAUUAUAGUAUUUCACUUUUCAAGAGGAAAUAUUUGGCUUUCACUUUGGACAAGCCUACAACCUUAGUCUGUGUAUCAUACUGACAGUAACCAUGAUAGAUUAUUAUCAUAUGCUGCAAUAUAUACUGGUAUACUAUCUCAUAGCAGCUUAAUGCUUCAAUCUGUUUUACAGAAGUAAUACUUCUGAAUUAUUACUUUGUUUAAUAUUUUAUAUUCUUGCAUGCCAGACAGGAUUUUCCAGUGUUUUUGCUGGUGUUAGAAGAAUGUGUCUUACACCCUGGAGUGUAGGAUGACUCUCAUGCUGUAAUUUGUAAAUGAAUGAAUAACUUCAUGCACUAUUAUAAUAAAUAGUGCCUAAAAGAAAAACAUUUUUUUAUUUUAUAUCUUCUAUUAACUGAAGAAUAUGGCAUCCAAGAAAUAGAAUCUAUUAAUUGUUGAAUGUGUGGAUGAAAAUAUCUGGCUCUCUAUUGUGGUAACUCAGCAGAGCCUCGUUACUGCCUAAAUAGUUACCCUCAAGCCAGAUAUUUCCAUCUGCAUUUUAAACCAGUGAAAGAUUCUUAUAAUACUGUUUAAAGUGCUGUGUCUAUUACAGUAGUAUUUUUUAGAUAUAGUGCUAUAGUUACAAAAUAUUAAUUAUCACUGUGCUUUAGUUUUCUUUCCUGCCAUUUUAUGAUUUACUUGCAGACAAUUGUCUCUUUAUGACCUUUGUUGUUUUAUGAAUUAUUGUUACUUGUUUAGUUUUAACUUUGAUAUAUAUUAUGAGAAAUUGAACAAAUUGAGUCAAUAAGAGUACAAAUUUCCUAGAUAUAGGUAUUGCUGACAAUGGGUUGCUUCCAUCAUUUAGAAGGAGAACAUUGGAUUAACCCCAAUGCUGGAUGUUCUACAAGCAAAAAAAAAAAAUCAAUAUGAAUUCAUUGUUAGUUGGUCUAGUAUCAGUUAAAUGUUAUACACAGGAACAGGGAUAUUUCCACCUAAGGAUUUUGGGGGCCAUAGUGCUUGUGUUUUUGAGUCAGAAGAAAAGUUUCUGUUUGUUUUUUCUCAUAAAAUAUUUUCAGUCUCCAAGGACUUUAGGUUGAUAUUGGGUUUCUUUGGUAAUAGAUGACAUAAUUGGCAGAAUUUAACUAAUUUUGAGUUGCAUACCUAUGAUUUCAUGUAAAUAUUCUUUUAAAGCACAUAAAAUGCAAUGUUUUUAUUUGUGUGUUCAAAUUGAUUGAUUUAAAUGUAACAUUAAAAAACUUUUGCAUUUUGAGGAAAUAUCAGUUUUAUGUUUGACAUUGGCAUUAUUCAAUAGAGAAAAAAAUUAGAAAUUGCCAUUUUUUUUUACCAUUGCAGGAAAUUUUAGCUAGUUACGUGAAUUUUUGUCAUAAGAUUGUGUAGUGCUCUGAUAAUAGAUCAGUUGAUUAGGCAUACUUUAUCAAAGACAACUUAUGCUAUCAGUCAGUGCUUCAGUAUAUUUUAUAUUGCUUUAACUUUUGUAAUUCUUAGAAGAACACACAUCAGAGCAUCCAGGUCUUGCCUGUACAUGUGAAAUAGGAAAAUCAUCAUUUGACUUUUCUUGUUAUUGGGACAAUAAAUACUUUAUUUCAUUUUACUUGUUCAUGGGACAAUAUAUAUUUGACUUUACUUGUUCAUGGGACAAUAUACAUGACUUUACUUGUUCUGGGACAAUAUACUUGACUUUCCUUGUUCAUGGGACAAUAUACAUGACUUUACUUGUUCAUGGGACAAUAUACAUGACUUUACUUGUUCAUGGGACAAUAUACUUGACUUUACUUGUUCAUAGUACCAAAAAUACUUUAUUUCACUUCAUCUGUUAAUGGAGCAAUAAACACUUAAAUCUUUAUUUCACUUUACUUGUUAAUGGGACAAUAAACAUUACUUUACUUGUUAAUGGGGCCCAAAAAUAGUUUGUUUCACUUUACCUGGUAAAAAUGAAAACUCCUUUUGAUUUUACUUGUUAAUGGAAAAGUAGUUCAUUUCACUUUACUUUUUAAUGGGUAAAUUAACAUUCUAAUUGUUUUACUUGUUCAUGGGACAAUAGAUAUUACACAAACAGAACAAGACUAUAGAAUCUUUCAGGAUUUUUUUCUGAAAUCUUCUUUGCUUGACAAUGGUUUAUUUUGUAUCUUUUUCUCUUUGACUUGUGCUUUUGUCAAACAUAAUUGAUUUCUUUUACAUUUUCUGUCUGCUCAACAUUUUUACAUAUUUCAUAUUGCCAUGGUUGUGUCUUCCUUUUGUUUAUUUUUUUGCUAUAUGUGGUGUAUUAAGUAGAUAAGUUGUUGCUAUGGCUAGAUGCUGUUAAGGAUAAGUGUAAAUUUAUUGAAUACGUAUACAUCUAAGGUGAGAGAUAGUAUUGAGGAGGAAGUGUUGACAGCUCAACUGGUGGGUCUUGCAUUCAUUUCUGCUGAUAGCAUUAUGUAGCUGUAGUCUGAAAUUAUAUUUAACCCUUACCCUGCUAAAUUUCUAUAAUGAACUUGUCCAUAUUUCAAUUUGGACAGUACCAUUAACUGUUAAAAGGAGUGCUUACAGAAAAGAUACUGAUUGAAUGGCGAACAGUGCAGAUCUUGAAGAGACUGCAUGGAUCUACACUAGUGGCAAAGGCAGAAUCAAUUGUGUCAAGCAUGAUAAGGGCUAAGACUAGCCCUAUAUGUAAGUCGUUUAAACAAAAUAAUUAAGUAUAAACUAAAGAAUAGUUUGUAAUUUAUUUUGGCACUAAUUACACAUUGGCUAAUUUUGCAGAUUUUGAACAAAAUUAUUUAAUAAAACUAUGUACAAGUUGAUCAUGAACAAGUCUUUAAUAAACAAUUUAAAUGCUUUGUUAUUAAAAGUCUAAGGUUUUAAGCAUAUGGUUUACAUGUGAAACACAAUUACUGGGAUCAUUACUGAUUAUGCAAAUACAUCGAGCUGAUUGUUUUAGUUUUAAUGAUUUCACCUUUUUGUGUGGGUAAUCAUUGAACAUGCUUUUUCUAGCUUUUGAUAUCUACAUAUGUUCAUACAAAUGUGUUUAUCUGAAAUACAGUGCAACUUCAACCAUCAUGCAAUAGCAUGUAUUUACAGACUUUCUCUUGCAGGUGUUCAGAAUGUACUCACUAAGUGUAAUACUCAAGUCUCAACGAUAAAUACCUCAGCUAGUCAGUACCACACUACAUGCAUAUAACAUAGUUUGAUAAGAUUUUAAGUGAUUUUAUGUGCAGAUGGCCAUAAAGGAAGGAAUUUUUUGCUGUGAAUAGUUUUACUGCAGUUAUGGCCCUUUGAUAGUCUUUUUUUAUGUACAGAGGAUUGCACAGUAUGUGGAGGCAUUUGUGUUUUAUGGACACAAUUCUAGUUCCUUUCACUUGUUGAAUAUGCACACAUUUCAAAUAUACCUGCAUAUUUUACAAGAAUUUACCCAAGUUAGUUAUUCUUCACCUUGAGAACUUAAAAGUGUGCAUAUAUUUUAUAUUACCUACCAUAUGUUCGUUUGUCCUGUUGAUAAGAUGGAAGGGAUAUAUUUGUAAAGUCAGUUGUAUAUAUAAAUUCAUAAAGUAUUAUUCAUCAGUUGUUGGGAUGUUUUAAACACAUAAGAACCAGUAUUGCAUUAUACAUCAUCUUUGAGCUUAACUAUUCCUGAACCACUUUAGCUGAAACUGCUUGACAUUUAAGUUUGUUAUUUGUAUUGCUGGCAGUAAAUGCUCAAUUUUACUUCAUAUAGAACUACAAUAAUGGCAAUGUAAGCACAUCAAUAUUGCUUAAGGGGCAAGCUUCCAGAUAGUGUGAAAUCAUUAAUAUUCAUAGUCUUAGGGGACUAAUAUUCGUGGUUGCUUCAAUCCAUGAAUUUAAUCCCAACAGACAGUACAUUUAUAUGUUCCCACAUUUAUGGGUGUGUGUGUGUGUGUGGGGGGUGGGGGGAGGCAUAUAGCAUUGUUGUUGUCCAUACAUCCCUCUGUCCAGAAAUCUUGUAUGUCCAAUUCCUACACUAUUAGCCUGAUUUGCUUCAAACUUUCACUGUUGAACAAGUUUGAUGUGCAGAUGACCAUAAAGUAAGGAACUUUUUCAGUGACUAUUUUUAUUGCAGUUACAUCCCUUUGAUGGUAUUGCUAUAUAGAAUAUAGAGAAAAUCUUGUGUGUCCAACUCCUCCCGCACUAUUACCCUAAUUUGCUUCAAACUUGCACAGAUGAACAAGCUUGAUAAGCAAAUGACCAUAAAGGAAGGAACUUUUGCUGUGACUAUGUUUACCACAAUUUUGGCCCUUUCAUAGUUUUGCUAUAUGGAAUAUAGGGAAAAAUCUUGUGUGUCUGUCUCCUCAAACACUUUCAAAAUUUAACAUAAAUCUGGAAGCAUGUCACUAUAUGUCAUAAGGGCUAAAUGUCUCACUAUUAAUAGGGCAGUACAUAAAUCAGGGCAUGUGAACCUUAAACCUAGUAGGUCCACAGAGAGAAAAAAAUAUAUUUUUAUUACCAAUUUUCUGUCAUUCUUUUCAGUAAAGGGGCAUGUUUUUAUUUGAAUGUUAUUUUUAGCCCACCAUCAUCAGAUGGUGGGCUAUUAAAAUCACUCUGCAUCCGUGGUCUGUCCGUCCGUCCGUUAACAAUUUCUCGUUAUCGCAUCUCCUCAGAAACUACUGGGGGGAUUUUGACCAAACUUUGUCAGAAUGAUGUAUUGGUACACUAGUUGUGUCCCCCUGAAAAUCAGACUGGUUCAACAAUUUAUGAGUGAGUUAUGGCCCUUUGUUUAUUUCUAUAUUUUAUAUAGAUUUAUAUAGGGAAAAACUUUGAAAACCUUCUUAUCCAAAACCACAGAGCAUAGGGCUUUGAUAUUUGGUUUGAAGCAUCAUCUAGUGGUCCUCUACCAAGAUGAUUCAAAUUAUUUCUCUGGGGUCAAAUAUGGCCCCGCCCUGGGGGUCACAUAGUUUAUAAUGACUUAUAUAGGGAAAAACUUUGAAUAACCCCUUGUCCAAAACUACAGGGCCUAGGGCUUUGAUAUUUUGUGUGUGACAUCAUCUAGUGGUCUUCAGCUAAGAUUGUUCAUAUUAUACCCCUAGGGUCAAAUAUGGCCCCGCCCGGGGGGUCAUAUGGUUUACAUAGACUUACAUAAGGAAAAACUUUGAAAAUCUUCUUGUCCAAACCACAAAGCCUAAGGCUUUGAUACUUGUAAUGUAGCAUCAUCUAGUGGUUCUCUACCAAGUUUGUUCAAAUUAUCGCCCUAGGGUCAAAAAUGGCCCCGCCCCGGGGGUCACAUGGUUCUUAUAGACUUAUAUAGGGAAAAGCUUUUAAAAUGUUCUUGUCAAUAACUACAACAUUCAAAUUUGGAGUACUUGUAUAUUUUUGAGUGACAAGAUGACCCUUGACAUGGGUUGACCUUGAUUUUGACCUAGUGACCUACUUUCACAUUUCUGUAGCUACAGCCUUCAAAUUUGGACCACAUGUAUAUUUUUGAGUGGCAAGAUGAACCAUGACAUGAGUUGACCUUGAUUUUGACCUAGUGACCUACUUUCACAUUUCUGUAGCUACAGCCUUCAAAUUCGGACCACAUGUAUAUUUUUGAGUGGCAAGAUGAACCUUGACAUGAGUUGACCUUGACUUUGACCUAGUGACCUACUUUCACAUUUCUGUAGCUACAGCAAUCAAAUUUGGACCACUUGCGUAGUUUUGUGUACCGAAAUGAACUUUGACCUUUACAUUGACCUAGUGACCUACUUUCACAUUUUUAAGGUACAGGCUUCAAAUUUGGACCACAUGCAUAGUUUUGUAUUCCGAAAUAAAAUUUGACCUUGAUUUUGACCUAGUGACCUACUUUUACAUUUCUCAAGCUAUAGCCUUCAAAUUUGGACCACAUGCAUAGUUUUGUGUACCGAAAUGAACUUUGACCUUUACAUUGACCUAGUGACCUACUUUCACAUUUUUGAAGGUACAGGCUUCAAAUUUGGACCACAUGCAUAGUUUUGUAUUCCGAAAUAGAAUUUGACCUUGAUUUUGACCUAGUGACCUACUUUUACAUUUCUGAAGCUACAGCCUUCAAAUUUGGACCACUUGCAUAGUUUUGUGUAACGAAAUGAACUUUGACCUUAAGAUUGACCUAGUGACCUACUUUCACAUUUCUGUAGCUACAGGCUUCAAAUUUAGACCACAUGCAUAGGAUUGUGUACCGAAACAAACUUUGACCUUGACAUUGACCUAGUGACCUAUUUUCACAUUUCUCAAGCUACAGCUUUCAAAUUUGGACCAAUGCACAGUGUUGUGUAUGGAAAUGAAAUUUGACCUUGAGGUGGUCAAUAAGUCUUGAAAUUUGGAACACUCAAAAAUGGCACAUUGGUGGGCGCCAAGAUCACUCUAUGAUCUCUUGUUAUCUGUAUCAAGCAUUGAGAAUUUGUGUAACAAUAUUGCCAUACUGCUUCAAGAAUUGUUUAGUAGACUUGAAACUGCAAUAUAAGAUGAGCUUUGUCACAAUCUAUCUUACUCAAUUACUUGUAGUCUUUAUCUCCAGCAAAUCUACUUAAAAUGGUUAUUGGGUGAUUUACUUCGUAUGUAACUUUUUGACAGAAUGUUAAAAUGAGUAUCUUAACAUAGAUAUGUUGUUGAUUUAAUUGUUUAGUGGCAUCAUUAAUUACAUUGUACACACAUACUGUUAUAUUCACAUCAUGUAUUGUAGAUUUUACAAAUUCUAAAUGAGGAGAUAUGCAAGAUUUUCCAAAAUGGGAAAUUAAGUGUCAUCAAAGUAACAAUGUCCUGUACUUUAUCUGUUCCGAGGUGUAUAAUCUGAAGUUAAUAAGAAAAGUAGACAUUUAGAUACUGUAUAGUGAGACAGUAGUUUCAACUAUUUAGAUGGUUCUGUAUUACCAGGAUGUCAGUUAGGACCGCAAUUAAACCAGCGAUAUUGUUCCUAAAGGUUCAAGACAGUUAUGUCUACUAAGAGCUGUAGUUAUGUCUACUAAGAGCUGCAGUUAUGUCUAUAAGAGCUAUAGUUAUGUCAAGGCAUUGUAUGCCUGUGAAUUUGUGCAAUGUUUUUAACACUGUAUUCAACUGUUUUACUGGAAAACUUGUGUAUUUUUCACAAACUUAUAUUGAUCAUGUUUAUAUACAUGCUCUGAAUCCAAUUUCUGAUAUGACACAGUAUAAAAUAUUUAUUUUAUCUACAUCACAACAGGUAAUUUCAGAUUUUAAUGCUGUGGAUUAAAGUAAAGCUAAGCUGGUUACUGCAAUUAGUGUUUGAUAUUCUAUCACAGUGAAUAUACAAAUGUUAUGCUAUCUGAGUAUUCAUUAUGUAAUAUAUGAUGAAGUAUUGAUAAAUAAAAUGAAAUUAUAACAUGAUUAAAGAAGACUCCAUGUACAAUGCAGAUGCAGUAUUAGUCAGGUAGACAAAUAUGAUUUCCUCUAAAACACUAGAACCUUCAGAUAUUUAUAGAAAUAAAUAGGUCUGUAUGAUGUUACUGUACACAUGCUCUACUAAUGGAGUUAAUUAUCACCAGGUUUAAAACAAAGUGUGUCUGUUUUAAAAUGUGUCUUCAGAUAUUUGGAGAAAAGUGUUGAUUUACAUGUACUGUCAUUUCAUUGAAAUAAAACUAGAACUGAGA